UUGAAUUAUUUUAGAAUCCCUAUCCCUAUAUACGAUGGGGGGAAAGAAAAAUACUCGGGUCAAUUGGAAGGACAGCUAAGCUCUUACAGUUUCACGGAAUCCACGGUGCCCAAUUUAUCCAAUCAAGAAAAUCCAGACCCUUCUUUCAUCAAAUUACAUACACACAGUCGAUCCGUAUUACAAAUUCUUUAAUAUUCAUGUCAAAAACCAGAAACCCAUUUUCUUCAUUUCUUAAUUGUUUUGUGUUUUUAUGAGCGAUUAAGUCGAAAUUAGCAUCAAGAGCCUUUUCAUCUCACACAGUGAACUAAAUGGGAAGAAAUCUGAGUCCUGUGGUUAAGCGAGAACUGGAAAAUCUGGAUAAAGACGCCGAUAGCAGGAAAUCAGCCAUGAAAGCAUUGAAAUCUUACGUCAAAGAUUUGGAUUCAAAGGCGAUUCCGAUCUUUCUUGCUCAAGUUUCUGAAACCAAUGACACCGGAACAACUUCAGGUGAAUACACAAUCUCACUUUACGAAGCUCUUGCUCGUGUUCAUGGCACAAAGAUUGUCCCCCAAAUCGACAACAUCAUGUCCACCAUUAUCAAGACCUUAAAAUCCACCGUAACAUCUUUCGCUCUUCACCAAGCUUGCUCAAAGGUAGUCCCCGCCAUUGCUAGAUACGGAAUCGACCCCACCACUCCAGACGACAAAAAAAGACGAAUCAUUCAUUCCCUUUGUAAACCCCUUUCCGAUUCCCUUUUAGCUAAUCAAGAAAGUUUAUCUUCUGGCGCUGCUCUCUGUUUAAAAGCUCUUGUUGACUCUGAUAACUGGCGAUUUGCUUCAAGUGAAAUGGUGAAUGAAGUAUGUCAAAGAGUUGUUGGGGCUUUGGAAAAACCUAUGCAGAGUAAUUCACAUAUGGGGUUAGUUAUGUCUCUCGCUAAACAUAACAGUUUAGUCGUUGAAGCUUAUGCGCGAUUGUUGAUUUGGUCGGGUGUUACGAUAUUGAAUACGGGUGCUUCAGAGGGGAACUCUCAGAAACGAUUGGUUGCAAUUCAAAUGAUUAAUUUUCUCAUGAAGUGUUUGGAUUACAAGUGUAUAAUGUCUGAACUUAACUUUGUAAUUGAAGAAAUGGAGAAGUGUGAAGGCGAAGGUGAUCAAAUGGCGUAUGUUAAAGGUGCUGCCUUUGAAGCAAUGGAAACAGCAAAGAGAAUCUUGAUUGAAAAAGGUUCGAAAUUUAAGCAAAAUGGUAAAAAGGGUGAAUCUGAUUUCACUUUAUCACCUGAAUCACAAACCAUGAGUUCAUUCGGUGGGUAUACUUCCAUGGUUGACUCACCCGUUUCAGUUGUUGACUCUUCAAAAAGUGUGAGUAGAAAGCUUUGGAGGCAUGACAAUGGUGUGGUGGAUGUUUCUUUGAAAGAUGGGUUGUUUUCAAGUAACAAAAGUGUUAAUGAAAACGGGUUUUGUGAAGAUGAAGGAGAUUAUGAAGAUGGGUUUUCAGGAUUCUUUCAGAAAAGUUCAAGAAGUGUUACUCCUAGUCCUCAGAGAGCUCGAUCUUAUAUGGAUAUUGAGAAUGUUAAGAUGUAUACAACUCCAAGAAAGCAUGUUGAUGAAAAUGUUGUUGUGAGUGAUCUUAGUGAUUGUGUCACUCAUGAAGAUGAUGAACAUGAUAAUCUUACUUCAGAAUCAAUGUCUUCAACUCAAGUCAUUACACAUGGAGAUGAAUUAGUUCUUGAAACUAAAGCAACAGUUUGGUUGUACUUUGGUUGA